CCCGCUUCCUGUUUCCGGCGCACGGGGCUGUCGGCGCUUCCUUUCGGGUCAGCAUGAGGCGUCACGAGGCCCCGUUGGGCUCCCGCUAACCGGCUUCCUCUCUCGCUCUCCGGGCGGGCUUCCUUCGCAGCCGAGGGGCCACCGGUGGCUGGAACCGCAGUUCUUAUAGAAUGUUCCUGGCCCGUGCCUGCCUCCAUGCUGUGGUGCUUGCCAUCAUAACUGCCUCAACAACUGAUGAGAAUAAAUGUGAUCUAGUUGGGGAGGAAGAUCAUGAAUCCACCAAGGAAAAAGCACUGCUGAAGAGAUUGGAGCCACUUGCCAACAUGAGUUUUCAAACACAGGGCAAAAGUGAAAGUGAUACGUACACCUACACGCUCCGGGUGUGUCGAGAAGUUCCUGGUAGUGCUCCUUAUGCUGGCCUGGUGCAGGAGGACACUGCAAACAACAAAAAAGUAGUGGUGGGGCGAAUCAAUGAGGCCCACCUUGCAAGUGGAAGUAAGUGGAUUAUGCUGAUCUAUAAAGGGGGAGAUCCCUAUAAUAAUCGUUGUGACAAAGAGAAGAGAAAAGCCAUAAUAAUGAUCAACUGUAACCGGAAAACACUAGCAACUGGUUUCACUAUGGUCACAGAAGAGCGGGAGAAGAUCAAUGAGUGUUUCUAUAUCUUUGAAUUAGAGAGCAGUUUGGCCUGUCCUCCAGAAGACUCACAUCUAAGUGUUGGCUCCAUAUUGCUCAUCAUAUUUGUAUCACUGGUUGCAGUGUAUAUCACUGGAGGAUUUCUUUACCAGCGUCUGAUAGUGGGAGCAAAAGGCAUGGAGCAGUUUCCCCAUUUUGCUUUCUGGCAAGAUCUGGGCAACCUAGUGGCAGAUGGCUGUGAUUUUGUGUGCCGGACAAAACCACGAAAUGAACCAGCUGCAUAUCGUGGUGUUGGUGAUGAUCAGCUUGGAGAUGAGUCGGAAGAGCGAGAUGACCAUUUACUACCCAUGUGAUCUCCCUACUUUCUUUGAGCAGUCCUUCGCAUCAGCAGCUGGCACUAAUCCACUUUCCCCCUCAUCUUUCUGUCUUUUCUAGUUGCCCUUUUAAGCUGCUUUCUUUCACCAAGACUGUCCCAUUUUUCCUUUCUGCUGAUGCAAACAGAGGAAGGGGCAGGGCUUAAGAAUGCAAAGGUGUUCUAGUGAGCUUUGGAAUAAGGGGAAUUGUCAGGGCCUUGUGUAGCAAAAGAGACUCAGAUUUUACAUGACCUGUGGACAAAUUAUUAGAUGUCUUAACUGCAGAGAGUGGACCAGCAUAUCUGGUAUGUAAGAGAAGGAUUGGCCUGUAAUGCAGGGAAAUUCGUGCUAGCAAGCAAAUGGAAAGGUUAGAGCUGCUGGUUUUGAGCAUAUUUUCUAUAGACUUUAUUGUAAAGAACGCUGGGGUGUCCCUCCCCCCACCCAGUUAUUUGGUUGUACAUUUUUCACAUCUUGUAACAGUUUUCCUUGCAUUUUCUAAUUUUCCCCUGAUGUGCAGUCGACGUACCAUCUGAACCUCUAUCUGCUUUUCUUAACCAAAGCCUGUAUUAAAUGUACAUUUGAGUUUUGUUUGAUCACUGGAAAAGGAACCUGCCAGUAAUAUGUAUAUUUUGGUAAAAGGUCCAGAAAUGAAUUGAAGCUAAGACAGCCUAUAGCAAAACAGCAUGUGUCUCAGAAACAGUUCCUGUGAUGCCAUUCCAUUCCCCUGAAACACUUUAGUAAUAUAAUGGGUCAUUCAGCUUUAAUUGUGAACGUGAUUGUGGCCAAGUGUGCAAAAUAUCAAAUCCUAAACAGGAGUAGGAUUGAAUGAGACAAAGGCAGGAUGGAUAAAGUCAACUGCCAAAGAAUGUAUGUUGUUUUGAGUUCAUUGCUCCAAGCCUUUGGGACUAUGAAGCAAAUAUAAAGAUAGAGAAGUGAAGCACCAGAUUCCUGCCAGGAUUUUAAUUUUUUUUUUACUUUGAAGGGACUCAAGAAACUUCCACUAUUAUUAUGUGUUUCAGCUAUUACAGCUAUCUGCUCUUAAUGAGGGAUAUCAAAUCCAACCUGUUUCUGUAUUUGCUGUGAAGGUAUGGGAUAUAUUAGUUCUGUUGGACAGGUGGAUAUAGGACAGCUACCUCAUAAAAGAGUAGAGAACUACAGCUCAAAACACAUCCCUUUCUGGUUAAGGUAUAGUAACUUAGUUCAAGUAACACUGGACUCCUGAAUUCACUUGAAUUUGCUAGGAACUGCAGCUCUAUACCUACUUCUAUUUGCUAUCCUGUUAGGAGCUGGUGGUCUUAACUAAGAAUACAUCUCUACAAUUUGUCCUUUCAAAGAGAGAUUCAAAGCUUUUGGUGAGGUGAAAGAGACACAAGUUUUGCAGUCUGAUUAGUUAAAGCUCCUCCCUUAUAGAAAGUGGGUCACUGCAACAGACACUUUUUCACUGUGGUGUUUAAGAGACUUUGUACAAAAACAUAGAACUUUAAAAAUAAAAUGGCUUUGAAAGCCCUAAA